UAGGGUAGUGGUGCCAAAGGAGCAGCAACUACGAGAGAGAAACUCGUAACGUCGCUUUGAAAAUCUUCACCUCGUUCACAGAGCCUUUUUUGCUAUUUUUUCCCUUUCUCUCCCAGUAAUUCUCUGUUUUCUUCUUGCCACUUUGUAACUCUUAUUCGGCAGAGUUUAUUUGAAGAAGAACACCUUCUUGAUUUGUUAAUUUUGUUUCUUGAUUUGUAGUUUAGUAGUAAUGGGGGAAAUUACUCCAAAUUUGGAUGAUGGAGAAUUAUGGCUUCCUUCUGAUAUUUUACCUAACGAAAUUUUUUCUAAUAAAUUUGACCCAAAUUUCUCUACUGAGCUUAAUAAAUUCAUGGAAGAAGAACCCACUUCUCUUCCACACCUCUCAACUUUCUCUUUGUUUGAGCAAAACCAUAUCAACUCUAAACUACCUUCAAUGGAUUUAGACCACAACUCCAAGCAAAUUAAACCACAAAAUCAGUUCUGUGGUAUGGAUAAAACACAACCUGAGAUGGGUUUAGGGCUUUAUGGAGAAACUCCUGUUGGCCACUAUCUUGAUGUUCUAGACAAUGGUGGUAGUGGUGAUUCCUAUUUUGUAUCAAGUCCUUACCAGUUCCAUGACAGAAAACUGCCUCUACCAAUAGUUGAGGAUAUUUUAGAAGCCAGAACCAUGAUUUUGCAGAGACAACAGAAUCUGCAACAACACUAUGUUGAUGUUCAAAACCGCUAUGUUGCAAACCACUUUUUGCCAUUGCAAGUAAAUAAUAAUGGGUUUACUCGUGGGUGUAGGGGUACAGGUGUUUUUAUUCCGCGCACUCCUCCAACCACAGUUGCUAACCCUGGAAAGAAUCAGAGUUUUUGGCAAGGAGAAGAGAGUAUUGAUACGGAUAAGAGACUAGGAGGCCGAGUCAUCAAAAGACCUAAUCCACCCUACUGAUGCUGAUGGAGUGUUUGGGUCAGUACUGAACUACUGAUGAUGUCCCCUGCCCUGAUUCCGUCCUUUUCCUGCAGUCUAAGCUCUGGCUUCUACUUUUCUUCAGAUUUAAUUUGUAGAGUUAGGAAGAAAGAAUAAGAAUAAUGUUAAGUAAUUUGGGGUUGAAGAAAUAAAAUUGUAGAAACAAGAGAAAUAAUAAAUGAUUAAGAAAAAAAAGGAAGAAGAAGCAGUUACUUCGUUUUUGGGGUAUCUGUUGUUAUGAUUCAUGAACUUGUUGAAAAAUGAACCAAUCUCGUAUUAUUAUUACUGCAGUUAAUUGUCUUACAAAUAA